AUGUGGAACAAGUUGUCUGAUGACUUACAUUCACAGACUGUUGCACUAAGAACAACAGAGAGAAAUAUUAGUUCAAUGUAUAUUGUGUGUCGAAGAAUACGAGAUUUAUUAUUAGACAAUGCAAAAGCAAUCGACAAUAGUAUUUAUGCUUCGAAAUCUUUAAAUUCAAUGAGCUAUCAACUAAAUUCAGAUAAAUUAUGGCCGAAUGAUAUUUUCAAGUCGAACAAUCAAUACAAAGAGGUAGAAAGAUUUUCAAAUAGUGUUCGUGCUGGCUGUGUUAGUUCUCCUGAAGAUGUUGUCCAGCAGGACGACGAAAGCUCCACAAUUAAAACAACCGCCUCAGAGAACACAACUAGUUGCGAAUCAUCCACGUGAGCUACAAAUCUUCUCUAUUAUUUCCAAACGAUGAUCGUAUUCGCAGUGGGUUUUCUGCCCAAUGGAUCAUCAUAAUCUCCAGGGUAAUAAUCCCACAGCCAUCGCUUCCGAUUUCCCCAU